UUCCUCAUGCACACGCACGGCCAGCAGCGGCAGAGCGUCAAUGCGCUGCUGUUCUGACGCGGCGCUGCACGGGGAAACCUCCAUCAGAUAUCAGCGUCGUGUUUUCAUCGCCACGGACGAAACCCCUGCGCUUCCGACUCGGAUUUACACGGAUCUGAUCAGAGUAUUUGUGGAUGCAGCGCACGGGUCUGAUAAACGGAGUUCUGCGGCACAUCCCAUCCCGUGAGCACGCGAGGAAAACCCAACGCCCUUCUUAACCCGACCGCGCGUACCUGUCUCGGUUAAUGCGCAAUGGAGAUGGAGGAUGCGUUUACGGGUUUACGCGUUGAAUGAGGAUAUGCAAAACAAACUAAGGUGUCACGUUAAACGUCUUGCAUGAUUUAUGGAUCUUUUUCUUUACAUCUCGACGCUUGACUACAAAUAAAACAGCAGCUUGGAACCCUAAAAUGAUUGGAGAGCCUUUGCAUUUCCAUAUAGGCAAUGCUGCUAUGUGAUUAAUCGUUUGCUUGUGUAUUUGUCAUAAAAUGGGGAACAGCUUCUCCAACAUCGCCGCAUUCCAGUCCUUGCACAUUGUCAUGCUCGGGUUGGACUCGGCUGGUAAAACCACAGUACUGUACCGCUUAAAGUUCAAUGAAUUCGUCAACACUGUUCCCACCAUUGGCUUCAACACCGAGAAGAUCAAGCUCAGCAACGGGACCGCCAAGGGAAUCAGCUGUCAUUUUUGGGACGUGGGGGGUCAGGAGAAGUUAAGACCCCUGUGGAAGUCCUACAGCCGGUGCACGGAUGGUAUCAUAUAUGUGGUGGACUCUGUAGAUGUGGACAGGCUGGAGGAGGCCAAGACUGAACUUCAUAAGGUCACGAAAUUCGCAGAGAACCAAGGAACGCCUCUGCUGGUCAUCGCCAACAAGCAGGACCUUCCCAAAUCCCUGACGGUCAACGAGAUCGAGAAGCAUCUGGCUCUCCAUGAACUAAGCCCGUCCACGACUUAUCACGUCCAGCCGGCCUGUGCCAUCAUAGGUGAAGGUCUGAACGAGGGCAUGGACAAACUAUACGAGAUGAUCGUGAAAAGAAGAAAAUCCCUUAAACAGAAGAAGAAACGAUAGACAGUGGUGGACUUGAAAGAUAUGAAAGACUUGGUGUGCAAGAUUGAGUGGCACUUUAUGAUAACUCCAUUAAUAAUAACAAAUCAUUUAUAUUAUAUAACAAAUGCGUUAAUUUAAAGGUUUUUUUUAGUAAUUCUGUUUGUGUAACCCAUCGAGGUUCGAACCCAUCGAGCGCACAUACUGAUAAAAAUAUAAACCUUGUAAUGCACUGUAAUCUGCCGAAUGCAUAAAUAUAAAUCCAUUAAUGAAUUAUUAGUAUACGUUAUUAUAAAGUGUCACCCAAGAUUAAAAAAACUGAAGUGCUAAAUAAUAUUCUUAUGUAUAAAAUGAACCAAAAAAAUAGAGAAACGAACCUAUAACUAGUCAAUAAUUUAAAAUGCAUCGAAAUAAAAGAGAAAAUGGGCCGGACCCAUAUUGCUGCUUGAUAUUAACAUAAAUAUGUCUUUGAGUUUAAUCGCUAGCUUGUGAAAUUCGAAGAAACGCGAAGAUUACUUUUGUUACAAAAUCGUUCCUUAAAAAACUGAAUGCCGUUGACGAUUACGCCCCAUGUGCACCUGUACGUAACUUUAAACAUAUUUGUUUUGAUUGCGAUUAUUUCUUACGAGAAUUCGUACAUAUUUUAUGCGUUGGCUAAUUCGUACAAAUUCAUAUGAAGUUAAUCAUGCAAAAACGUACGAUUCUCAUUAAAAAAAACCGAAACCAAACCCUUAACCCCAACGCCACAGGGGUCAAGGAUAAUCGUACAAAAACGAAUGUGGUCGUAUUAAUUAAUACGAAUUAGCCAACUCGUAAAAUAUGUACGAAUACGUAUAUGUACAAACAAUGUUUGUUUUGAUUGCGAUUGUUUGUCAAUUCAUUUAACACUUUCUGAGCAAUGACAGCCUGAUCUCACAAGAAUUCGUACAUAUUUUACGAGUUGGCUAAUUCGUAUAAAUUAAUACGAAGUUAAUCGUGCAAAAACGUA